AAGCCCUUCCCUAAACCCUGCCUGGAAACACGCUCCUGGGGGGAUGAAACCGUCCCUGUGGCCCCCGUGAGCCCCACACCCCCGCGGCGGUUCGCAGCCAGCGGCCGUUACAGGCACCACCCAUCUCCGCUCCAGUUUCCUCCGCUCCCCUCCGCCGUCCUUCUCCUCUUGGAUUCGUGCCCCUUUGUGCGGCACCGGGCCGGGGAGCCUCUGCGAGGCCGGGAGUGGAGGCCGAGCCCGCUGCUCUCUCAAGAGGUUCCGCAGCUUGCCGCUUCCGCAGCCUUCAUCCUCCCCGGCAAGGGCCAGCGAGAGGGCGUUCGGGGCGGGCCGGGGGCGGGCAGCGCGGCGGCGCCUGGCGUGGUUCCCCGGGCCCCGCCGUGCCGUGCCCCGCGGCUUCCCCGCCGCCUGCCCGCCCACCGCCGCGGCUCCCCCCCGCUCGCCCGGGCGCUCUGCAAGAUGGCGGCAGCAGCCGAGCGCGGAGCCGAGCUGCCCGCGGAGCGACCGCGGGGGGCUCGGCAGCCGCUGCCGCCGCUGGACCCCGAGGAGGUGGCGAAGCGAUUGGCGAGCACCCGCCGGGAGCUGAGCAACAGGCGCAAGAUCCUGCUGAGGAACCUGCCGGCCGAGAGCAGCAGCCAGGAAAUCCAUGACUUAUUUAAAGAUUAUGAAAUCAAAUAUUGCUAUGUGGACAGAAAUAAAAGAACAGCCUUCGUCACUCUGUUAAAUGGAGAGCAAGCUCAAAAUGCCAUUCAGAAGUUCCACCAGUAUUCUCUUCGGGGGAAGGAAAUAUCUGUGCAGCUCCAACCAACAGAUGCUUUGCUUUGCAUCACCAAUUUGCCUGUUUCCUUGACGCUGGAAGAGUUUGAAGAACUCGUGCGUGCCUAUGGCAACGUCGAGAGGUGUUUUUUGGUCUACAACGAGGUUACUGGCCACUCCAAGGGCUAUGGCUUUGUGGAAUAUAUGAAGAAGGACUCUGCUGCCAAGGCCAGACUGGAACUUCUGGGGAAACAGUUAGAGGAGAGCACUCUCUUUGCACAGUGGAUGGAUGUGAACCAGCUGACCACAAAUCUUAUUCACUCCAAGUGCCUUUGUGUAGAUAAAUUACAAAAAGACCACGCCGACUCAAAAGAUCUGCUCCAAGCUUUCUCACUGAAGUAUAAACCUGUUUUCUGUCAGUUUGCUCAGGAUGAAGACAGUUGUAUCGGUGACUUUGCGGUGGUUGAGUAUGAAACUGCAGAGCAGGCUGAGGAGGUGCAGGAAGCCACCGACGGCACAGCCAUCAGAGGAAAGAGAGUCCACGUCUCCUACUGUGCUCCAGGAGCACCGGGCAGAAGCACCUUAGCAGCACUCAUAGCAGCACAGAGGAUGAUGAGGAACAAUAGGAAAGGUUUGCUUCCAGAGCCAAACGCAGUGCAGAUCAUGAAAAGUUUUAACAACCCAGCCAUGUUGCAGAUGCUGCUGCAGCCCCAGUUGCGUGGACAUGCUGUUAAACCUGUUCUUGGAGCAUCUACAGGUUUACCUCACCUUAUAAAUUCAGCAGUUGGCCCACCUUUUUUGCAGCUGAAUAAAAUUCAUCAGAAUUCCAUUCUGGGGAGCACAUCAAACUUACUGCUGCAGAACCCUGCUCACCUACCACUGCCACAGCAGCAGCUGCUGAAGGUUGAAAACGUCCAGGCUAACAGUAAACCAGGUUUGCUGGGAGAACCUCCAACGAUGCUGCUUCAGACAGUGCUGGGAAUAGGGGUGAUGCCAGCAGUGAGUUCAGGCAUGGGAACCCGUGGAGAAGCUCUUAAGUCAGCAGCAGCAGCAGGGAUGGGCAUGCUGCCAUUCUUCCCAAAUCAGCACAUUGUUGGGCAAGCUCUACCAGGGCAGAACAACGCUGCGGAGAAACAAUCGACUCCCGAAGCUGUUGUCUCGGGACCUCAGCCUUACCAUCAGACCCUGACAAACCUUCCUGCAGGAGCUUUGCGAGCUGGCCAUGCCAAACAGAAUCAACUGAAAAGCACUGAGAUGAGUCUGGGGACUCCCUUGAAAAAGCAGACUUCACUGCUAGGAGAACCACCAAAAGAAAUACGUCUUAGUACCAACCCCUACUUGAAUUUGGCAAGUGUGUUGCCUGGUUUGUGUCUUCCAGCAGCAAUUGCCAGCAAAGCCUCCAGCCCACCACAGCAGAGUGGCCUUUCAAACAACAUUGUGGAUGCUGCUGUGUCUCAGGGACCUACAUCACAACAUGGAGUGGAAAACUAUUUUAGUUACUCUCAACAUCAUGGGGAGUACACACAGGAGGCUGUUCAGCAGUGGUAUCAGCAUUAUGCUCAGGCAUAUAACUCUACCCAGGCAAGAGCUGGUGACUUUGAAAAUGAAGCCUCUGAGGAAUCGACAGGUGGACCUUACCCAGACUACAGGACCUGCUUGCAGGUCAUGCCAACACUUUACAGUGGAGCCCAGGGAUCAUACCAGCCAGUCAGCUUGCAGCUUCCUCCACAAAGCCCAUUAAAGAAGGUGGCUCCAGCACGGAGUGAAAAGCGGAGCUCCUCGUACCUCAUUCCCUCCCCAGAGCCUGGCCCCGUGGAGUACCUGGGCCAGCAGCCCGCGGGCUCCGCAGCUCGCUACGCCGAAUCCUCGCUCAAGAAGAAGCGCGUUUAUUGAGACCCUGGCUGCCCACCCCUGCCUCGGGGGGGUGAAGGUGGGACCUCUCUUCUCGUACCUCUGCUAUUUAUUGCUGCCUUAACUUCAGACAAGUCCUUCUGCUUUCUGUGUGGGGUGUGAGUAUCCCAAGAGGAACAGACCCUCUGUAGGGGGCAAGUUUGCCAAGGAACCGGUACGUAUUGCCAUGAGGUUGGCCACGGCUUGGUAGUCUGGAAUCACCUCCUGAAAGGCUGCCAGGUUGUUGCCUCAGUCACCUGCCACUGGAAGGAGCAGUGGGCUGAGGCUGGCAAAGGAACCGGGUGAGUUUUGGCAGCUUGCUGGCUGAAAGCAAUAAGAAUACUGAGGAGGGAAUGCUGAGCCGUGUGGCAGUCCUCAGGCUGAGGGAUUUCACAGAUGAAGUCUUGAGAGAAGGAAGGGUAUUCUUUUCUUAUUUUUUAACUCAGAAUGUGAGGUUUGGGGUUUGGAUUUUGUUUCAUUUUGGGUUUUUUUUCCACUCUUUACUUUUUCCAGGAUUAAGAGUUCUGCAUUUACAAGCCUUUAUAUUUUUAAUAGUUCCUCUUAAUCCUGGAAGGGAGACACAUACCAAAUGUAUUACCAGAGCCUCGGUGAUGCUCUCAAUAAAUGGAUGUCGGAAGUGAGAUGCUAACCUGUGUGCUGCCUCGCAGUAGCUAAUUCCUUUUGGCUAGGUGACACUGGACAAUGAAAUAACCUCUGUCUGCUUUUAGGCCAAGAAUCCACAGCUUUGCCUUCUUGGAAUUAGUGCUGUACAGUUUGUGAAUGCUUCUGGGUGUCAGGCAGGGCUGCUGGCAACACUUUCUGGUGGUGGAGUGUCGGUAAAGGUGACUGGAAGAAAGCAACUGCCUGGUCUGCUUUUACUGACAACUUCUUCUGAAUGGGGAUGAUUCAGAGUUAGAGAUGAAGCUCUACUGCCAUGCUCUUCAGAUGACCUUUUUAAUUCUGCCUUCCUGUGCUUUGCUCUUUCCUUUUCUUCAACCAUCUUAAUUUUUGAGAUGUGCUGCACUCCAAAGCCUGCUUGAGGAGAGCAGCCUGGCUCUGCUUUUUCACUCCUGCUACCUAUUACCCUUUGCAUGAAGUUCUCCCUGGAAGAGCACAUCCCUGGUGUACAGGAUAGGCUCAUCCCCAUGCAAUGGAAAACUGCAGCAGCCUCUGCCUGUGGCUGUGGCACAGACUGGACUGCCUCUGCCCAUUACCAGCCUGGCUCGCCAGGGCAGAUGGCAGCACACAGCCACCACUUCCCAGUUUGAUCACUGUUUCUGGUUUUGUUUGUUUGUUUUUUAGAAGACUUUGUAUUAUUUUUAGCAUAUUCAUUAAGCAGCUCUGCCUGGAGCCUUUCUCCUCUGCUGUUAAUCCUUGUAGCUGGAGCCUUAGCCCUCACUGCUUUUGAGAUCAGUGGUUGUGACAGGUGAAGUAUGAGCCAGCGUCUGACAGCCUGGGUUUGCUGCCUUGGAAUCCCAGCAUGGUGGGAGUUGGAAGGGACCUCUGGAGAUCAUCCAGUCCAACUCCCGCCCUGCUAAAGCAGGGGCACCCACAGCAGCUUGCCCAGCAUCACAAUGCCCAGGUGGGUUUGGACUCUCUCCAGAGAAGGAGCCUCCACAACCGCUCUUGGGCAGCCUGUUGCAAAUUCAUUUGGCCUGAGGCCAGAACCCAGGGCCUUUUUCCCUUGAUCUUGCUGGAAAAUCCUGAAGCCAUUUUUUUAAAUACUGAGGUUCUUAAACUCUGCCUUUCAAGCUUUGUGAUGUGACCACGGUAGGCAUUUUCAAAGCGUAAAGCCCUUCACAAUCAGAAUCCCUCCUCCCUCUGCAGCUGUGUGUGCUGCACACACAGGACAGCUGGAGGAGCUCUGGUGGGAUUCCAUGUGUGUGUAUAGAUUAAAAACUGACUUGUAAUAGUUUUGUUCCUCCUGUUUGUAUAUGCAACCUUCUCAACUUGUUAAGCUUUUCAAUGAAAAUAAAUCAUUGGUUUCCAUUGAAA